UGUGUUCCGGGUCGUGGGAGUGGGGGGCUGCGUGGCUGUCCUAUCGUGUCAUGUCGACGACCUCCAAGGUGGUGCUCGCAGUCUCCGUCCUGAUCUCGGGUGGAAUCGUCGUUGGUGUCCACAUUCAGCAGAAGCAUCUGAGAGAGAGGCUACGUGAAGGAGUGGUCAGAGACUUUGAGAGACAGAAUUGUAAACAAGAAAAUCUUCGUCUUUUGGAGCAACAGACUGCCCUGACCAAACAAUCUGAAAUGGAAAGAAGCAAAAUGCUAAUGACAAGAGAAUCCCAACAGUAAAGAAGAA